UGUCCGAUGUCAGGCUAUCAGCAGCUGUCGAGACCUGGACCCGGACAUCAACCUGGAACCGCGAGUCAGACACAGCGAAAAUAAUCGCCGGACCCGGACCAUCGCCCCUGGACCGAACACAACCGCAACUGGAGGCUGAAAGUGAACGGAAGCGCGCAGAUUCGAAGAGCGUCAUUCACCGUUCCUCCUCGACCCAGACCCACCCGGACUGGUCCCACCUCAUAACCGGACCGGCUCAGACUCGGAGCUGGACAGCUAACGGAGCCACCACCGGGUCCCGGUGAAGUUCAGCCGGCUAACGGAAGCUAGCUGGCGAGCGCGAGCAACUCCUGACCAGAGAAGACCAGGAGCGACCUGGUUCGGCUGUGACCUGGAACCCAACAUGUUAAUAGCAGUGAACCCUGGAACCAUCAACGCCCCUCCCAGCGUGAAGAAGAGCCGGAGGAGAGGCAAGAAGAACCGGAGGGUCCGAAAAGAGGAUAACCGGUCAGCAGAUGUGAGUGAACUUCAGAGUGCUUCCAUCCAGGAGAGCCGUCCUGGAACCAAACUGAAUGGAAGCCUUGACUCGACAAUAGCACCUGAGCAGAAGACCCUCCUGACUGACUCAUUCCCCUCCACCACGAGAGAUGUCAUCGCACCAGAGCCACUCACUCCGCCGGCUCAAGAACCCGAACACGCUCCUUCACUUGAGGAUCACCCUGAUGCUGCUCUGCUGUCUUGUCUGAUAAAUAACUUGAGUGUGCGGAGGUUACCUCCUGCUUUCCCUCCCAGCGACUCCCAGAGCCACGGCCACAGCCCACCACAGAGUCCUGCUCAGAGCCCACCACAGAGUCCUGCUCAGAGCCCACCACAGAGUCCGGCUCAGAGCCCCGCCCACAGCCCACCGCAGACUCCUGCUCAGAGCCCCGCCCACAACCUGACACAGAGCCCCGCCCACAGCCCACCGCAGAGUCCGGCUCAGAGCCCCGCUCACAGCCCACCGCAGAGUCCUGCUCAGAGCCCUGCCCACAGCCCACCACAGAGCCCUCAGCACAGCCCUGCCCAGACCCCGAGCCAGUCACCAGCCACACUCCACCACACUUGCUCUCCUCACAGGACGGACUGCGACAGUAGCUGGCUCACAGCAGACGCCGGGGUCUCACCUUCAGCCUUACCACGAGCUACCCACAAUGCCUUUGCGAGGGUCCCGGCCAAUGCCACGGCCGCCACAGCCUUUAGCCCCGCCUACAGCGACCAAUUCUUGAACUCUCUGACCUUCACCUCCAGCAGCGCCUCGCACCUUUACUCCUCGCUAUGCUGCUCGCCCACAACCUUCCUCCCGGUGGCUCCGCCCAUCAGCCUGCCCACACUGGUCCCACCUGCGUGCGCACAUCUGCCCGCGGCGCCAGCAAACCUGAGCCCACCGCCGGGGGAGCUGACGCCACCGCCUGCUCAGCCUCUGGGCUCGGACGAUGAAGAGCAGGAGGAUCCGUCAGACUACUGCAAAGGCGGCUACUAUCCGGUGAAGAUCGGGGACCUGUUCAACGGCCGGUACCACGUGGUGCGGAAGCUGGGCUGGGGACACUUCUCCACCGUGUGGCUGUGCUGGGACCUGCAGAAGAAGCGCUUCGUGGCUCUGAAGGUGGUGAAGAGCGCCCCUCACUACACGGAGACGGCCCUGGAUGAGAUCAAGCUGCUGCGAUGCGUGCGGGACAGUGACCCCUCCGACCCCUACAGAGAGACCAUCGUCCAGCUGAUCGACGACUUCAAGAUUUCUGGAAUUAACGGAGUCCAUGUCUGCAUGGUGCUGGAGGUUCUGGGUCACCAGCUGUUGAAGUGGAUCAUCAAGUCCAACUACACCGGUCUUCCUCUGGUGUGUGUGAAAACCAUCAUCAGACAGGUCCUGCAGGGCCUCCACUACCUCCACACCAAGUGUAAAAUCAUCCACACGGACAUCAAACCUGAGAACAUCCUGCUGGAUGUGGACGAGGUCUACAUCCGGAGACUCGCCGCCGAGGCCACCGUGUGGCAGCGAGCCGGGGCGCCGCCCCCUUCUGGCUCAUCAGUCAGCGCGGCUCCCAGGGACCUGCAGGGCGCCAAACUGUCCAAGAACAAGAAGAAGAAGCUGAAGAGGAAAGCCAAGCGUCAACACAAGCUGCUGGAGGAGCGACUGGAGGACAUACAGCGGAUGGAGGAAGAAGACGGGGCCUCGCAGCUCUCUGAAGACUCGCCUCUGGUGGUCAGCGGGCGCAAGGCCAGCCCCGCGUCCAGCUCCUCCUGGUGUAACGGUCACAGCGCCGCUCGCUUCUCCAGCCCAGCCUCAGGCCUGUCCGGGUUCUCCGGCUCUGUGGUGUCAGCGACGUCCGAGUCGGCACAGUCUGGAUACUCCAGUGGACGUGAAGCCUUCAGUGCAUCAGACUUUGUCUUCAGUCCAUUAGACCCUCGUAACGCUGAUAAGCUGAAGGUGAAGAUCGCAGACCUGGGAAACGCCUGCUGGGUGCACAAACACUUCACAGACGACAUCCAGACCCGGCAGUAUCGCGCCCUGGAGGUUCUGAUCGGAGCAGAGUACGGACCUCCGGCCGACAUCUGGAGCACCGCCUGCAUGGCAUUUGAACUGGCGACCGGCGAUUACCUGUUCGAGCCUCACUCAGGGGAAGAUUACACCAGAGACGAAGAUCACAUCGCUCACAUCAUCGAGUUGCUGGGGGCUAUCCCGGUUCCCUUCGCCUUGUCUGGCAGGUACUCCAGAGAGUACUUCAACAGAAGAGGUCAGCCCCCCGCCCCACCACUCUCACACACCCCCGACCUGCUAACGGUGGCUCUAACAAUGCGCGUGUGCUCGGCAGGAGAGCUGCGGCACAUCUCCAACCUGAAGCCCUGGGGUCUGUUUGAGGUCCUGCUGGAGAAGUACGAGUGGCCCCUGGACCAGGCGGCCCAGUUCUCUGACUUCCUGAUGACCAUGCUGGAGCACGAGCCGGAGCGGAGGGCCACGGCUGCCCAGUGUCUGUCGCACCCGUGGCUCAACACAUGAACACGCACUCUCUCCUGACAACUCACCAUCCUCGUGAUGCACAACACACCCGGCGAGGCUGGUUCACAAAAGCAGGUUGAGUCCACAUGAAUGGAAGUCACCGUCGACGUGGAGAUGCUCAAACUCGGAUGAGCUCCACAGUGCUCACGUGUGCUUUACUGCCGUCUUCCAUUCAAGUGAAGUGGCGAGCGCGACUCGCCGCCCUCCCAGGUUCCACCGCUUUUGUGAAUCACCUCCCGGGUCACUCGCUGCUGAUGUUCACGACCAGCGUCUUUUAAGCUCUUUGGUUCUUGUUUGAAUCGCCAUGAUGACCGUGAGAUCUUCCUCCCCACUGACCUCAUCUGUAAGUGCCUUGAUACGACCUCCGACCGCCUCCCUGUCACAGCAGUCAGCCGUUUUUCUACGUGUGGUUUGUGCCAGAGUCCAGCCGACGUCGCAGCGCAUGCCCCUCCUGGUCACAAUAAACCACUGGAGACCCUGCUGCCUCAGGUGCUUCUGUUCAAUUGUGGCUCCUCAGUCUGGGACUCGGAGCAGAAGAUUCGGCGCAUGCAAAGUGAAGUUUACGUUCAACUGGUUGCUAUGCAUCCAGAGCCCACGAGGGGGUGCUGUUCCACAUGCGUGGGCUGCUACAGAUACUUUCAGGGCAGGUUCAUCUGAGUCCGUGAGAUCCGACAUUUUUGCUUCUGAGCGCAGUCACGACUGUAAAAUCACACUGAAGACUGGACGGACGCGUGAAUUCAGUUCACUGUGUCUCUGCCUCUUUAUUGACAACAGCUCAGUUGUUGACCUUCAGCUUGGUUCUCCGUUUCUGUUAAAAAUGUAACCCACACAUGAUUGUGUCCUGAUCCCCGGAGCGCCACAUCUGGCAGCUGAAAACUCCAGUCACACCCAGUUCAAGUGUGUCCAUGGGGGAGUGGAUGAGACUCCGGGGUCAUGCACCGCUGUGACCUUUCGUCAGGAGUUUCCAUCAAAGCAGCAAUCAGUUCCUUCACCUUCCUGGACCUGCGGUGC